CUGGACUUGAAGACUCGCAGACUCGGGCAGAAGCUGCAGCCAGAACAGACGGUACUGCAAUCUGCCAGAAGGCCAGAGGCGCUGGCCACAGCUGGCUGCUGGACAUGACGCAGAACGUACAUGUGCAUUCGUGAUGAACGCCACACCUAAAAGCUUAGGAGACAAGGUCAUGGCAACCUGAUGUACCGUAAGUGUAGAACUAGUCUUUCAUUACUUGCCUAGCUCAACUUUGCAAGUGGCGGCACUUGAUUGUCGUGCAGCGAUUGUGCAGCUGAAAGUGGUCAGCUGUUGCGAGAUAUCGGUGGUGGAGAAAGUGUGGAGAAAACACUUUUGGAGCUGAGCACUUAGGAUUCCGAGAUCACAAUUCUCAGAUUGCCAUCUUGAAGUACUUAAAGCAUCGUCGACCUCAAGCACACGGGACUUCUCCAGGCACCUGCGUCAUCAACAAAGUGGCAGCAGCCGCAAGUUGCUCUUCAGAAAAGUUAAUGGCCGUCUCUUCCCAGCAUUGACAGAAGUUUGCCUUUAUAUGGAGGCAAAAUGAUGUUCACUGACGGCCUCGACCAGAACGAGCUGGAAUGGGUCCGCAAGACAUCAAACAACCGGCAGCGGCAGCAAGCCCCAGAUCUGGCGGGCCGCUCUGCCGGGUUGCCUCCGACGCCUCCCAAGAGCCCCCGGGGCAUGCACCGCGGGCCGGUACCCUUGCAACCCCAAGACUCGGUGGACUUCAGCAACCAGAACAGCCCCAUCCCAGGUCUCCCCAGUGUCCCCCUGUCCAAGCACUUUGUCCCUAGCUACACGGGGGCCAGCCCCCGAAGCAGUGUCUCACCACUGUCGGCCCUGCCAGGCAACUCGGGGGGUGCCGAGAGCUGCGGAUCUACCGGCAACAAGUCAGAGAAGCAGGCCAGGGGGGAGGCAGAGAUCGAUUCAGAUGAUGAUGCUGCAAGCGGCCCUGUACAGAGCAAGCGAGGGCGGCCGGACCAGCAUUCGCGGUGGGCCCUGGACGCGAUUCGAAACCGUGCGCUCUGGCAGCGCAGGAGCAGCAUGCGGCAAGCGGGGGCGGUGGCGGAGGACGACGAAGCGUCCCCCUACAAAGUGCAUGUGGAGCAGACCUUCGACGAGGACGCAGAGGGCAGCGGGCGCAGUGCGGAGCGGUCCCCUGUGGUUAGCGUCCGGGCGUACCGCCACAGCUUCGGGCCAGACUUUCCAAGCAGCAGGAGGAGAGAUCCAGAGCAUGCGGACGGGGAUCCGGUGCGGAGACCUGACUGGGAGAACAGGGGGCCAGAUGAAGAAGAGGAGAGUCCCUGGGAGAGGCCCUACUUUUUGCAGAAGCCGGAGUCUGCAGGGGGAACGCCCCGGUCGACCGUGAGCACGCCCUACUCUGACACCACCACUGUGUCCCAUAGCCACGCCACGGGCAUGACCACCCCCAGUAUGGAUCCCCACCCAAGCGGCCUGGCGUCAACAGACGCCUCCGAGCCCCCCACCCCUGGCACCACCAGUGCUGCCCAUAACGUCAAUGGUGACAUCACCACCGUAGCGCGGAGCAGGAGCGUGACGCCGGAGCCCAGAGAAGAAGCGGACCAAACGCAUUCGGAACAUCCCCCGUCAGCUCCACCCAUGGCAGAUUAUUCUGGGGAGGAUGCGGGAUCCCCCCCCGGGCCGCUUGCAGAUGUUCCGACGAUGCCGGUGCUAACCCGUCCGAUCCAUCAUCUGCAUUCGGCCACAUGGUCACCAUCGCAGGAGCCAACGACACCUGGACGCACCAAAAGGUAUGAAGCCGCCAUGGCUAUGGCUGAGGGCGCUCACUCGCCCCUCUCGAGCAGCGGCCCCCCCGACGCCUUUGCCUACACCAACGGGCCCGAGGCGUGGCAGGCAGUGGUCACGUAUGAUGCGGUGGUGCGGCUGUGCCUGGUGGGGUCGGCACGCGGCUGCCUGGAGGCGCAUCAGUUUCUGCACGACGGCUGCGAGCUGCUGCGUGCCAGCUUCGGGCUGGACCAGGUGUUGCUGCAGCCCGCCCAUCAGCGCCGCAAGGUCCCCGACAAAGCCACGGGCGGGGUCGCCCAAAGUGCGCCGGUGGUCGGGACUCUGAAAGUCCAGGUGCGGCGCAUCAAGCUGGGGCAGGAGCGCAGCGUGUCGCAGAAAGCGGCCGUGCUGACAGGCAAGGUGGCCAAGGCUAGCGCACGCGCGGGGAGCAAGUACAUGCGCCAGGUGUCCACGUGGGUGCACCGCGCAAAGACAAGCGAGGGCGCAUCGACGUCGCAACUGUCAGCGGGCACUGCAGACACGGCCGGCCACAGCCACCGGACGGACGUGGAGGACUCCCCGACGUCAGCAUCGCAGACGACGCAAGGUGCGGUGGCGGUGCAGCUGUUCUGCCUGCUGCGGCUCAAGAGCGUGCCCCCGGACAAGGCCAUCAAGGUGGAGCCAGGCACGGGGGAGACGUACAAACUAUUGCCAGAGACUCCCGGGGACGAUCUGGUGCUCGACAUCGUGGAUGCCAAGGGCGAGGUCAAGGGAGUGGUCACGGUGCCGCUGGCAUCUAUGGACGAUACGCCGGCGUCGCGCGUGCGGUGGGUCCACUUCUACGGCCUGGAAAACCGUGCGGAGAUGAUCGGGCGCGUGCAGCUGUCGCUCAUUUACACGCUGGCGGGCGUAGGCCCUGGUGCCGCCAAGUGGCAGCCCACCAGCGAGACGGCCGCUUAUGAUAUUCUGGUGGGGGUCGUAUUGCGCGCGCUCGGGUUCCGGCAGCGCGAGCUGCAGCUGUACGGGCCCUGGCGUUGGCUGCUCGACGAGUUUGCGCUCUACUACGGAGUCAGCGACAGCUACACGCGCCUCAGGUACUUGACCCACGUGAUGCACGUGGCGACGCCCACCAAGGACUGCCUGGAGCUCAUCCACGAGCUGCUGGCACCCGUGCUGCAAGCCGGCGCAGACGACGCGCUAACACGGCAAGAGCGGCACAUUCUGACUGCGGUGGAGGACCAGGCGAACGCGCUCCUCGCGUACACGUUCGAGCACUACAAGUCGCUGGACGAGGACGCGCCGCUAGGCGUCAUCGAGGCGCACAUGCUGACGCCCAACUACCAGCCGACGUCAGCGGGGUCCGCCGCGCCCGCGCUCGCGCCCGCGGUGCAGCUGUACGCGCUGCUGCACGACAUCCUGGCGGUCAAAGUGCAGGAGACGUUGCGCGCACACCUCCAGGUCGCGGCUCGCAAGCGGUGCCAGCUGUCGGACGGUGACGGCGUGCCCGAGCUGUCGGAGCUGGACGGCGCGGCGGGGUACGCGCGCAUGCGCGCUUUGUGUGUGCAGUUGGGCAGCGAAGUGCGGCUCGACAUCGAGAUCCACAAACAAAACAUCUUUCCCAGUUCCAUCGACCUGCCCAGCAUCAGCGCGGACAUCUACAACCUGGAGCUGGGCGCCAAGCUGCGCGCGUUCCUGAGCGCGUGCCCCCCCCCGGCGCCAUCCCCUCCCUGCGUGGACCUAUUGCACGCCGUCGCCGACUUUGAGGCCGACCUGCAGGAGCGCGGCAUCCACUGCUCCCCCGGGGUCGGGGUCAGCGCGCUCGGCCUCUUCGGCGACUACAUCGAGGUGUGGAUCCAGGACACUCGGCUGAAGCUGCUGGACCUGUGCAAGGGCGAGAAGCCGAAGGCGGUGGCCCCCACGGCGGUGUCGGAGCGCAACGGCACGGCGCCGUUCGUGGAGGACAUGUACGCGCGCAUCAAGGACGCGCUGCAGGACUACGAGCGCGUGGUGUCCCGCUGGCCGCAGUACGCCGUCACCCUCGAGAACGCGCUGUGCGAAGUGGAGCGCGGCAUCCUGGCGGCCCUGGAGCGCAACUACGCGGAGGUGCUGCUGCCGGUCAGCGCGGGCGCGACGCCCAAGAUGGCCAAAUACGUCAACAAGCUGCGCCGCAAGCAGCAGCCGCUCUACGUCGUCCCGCAGCAGUUGGGCGUCAUUCUCAGCACGCUGAAGCGGCUGCUGGAGUCGCUGCGGCCCAAGGUGGAGGCGCAGAUGAAGGCGUGGCUGGCGGGCAUCCCGCUGGACGGCUCCGACGGACGGGCCGCGUUCGGCGACCGUUUCGCAGAGGUGACGGUGGAGCUGCGCGCCAAGUACAAGAACACGCUGUCCGCCAUCAUCGAGAAGCUAGCGCAAAACGCCCACUCGGAGCGGAAGACGCACCUGAAGAAGAUUUUACAAGACACCAAGGGCAAGGGCGACGACAUCGCGCGGCGCAUGCAGCCCCUCGUGGCGCAGCUGGGAGAUACCAUCAAACACCUCGACCAGGUGUUGUCGAGCCGCGUGUUUGUGGCGGUGUGCCGCGGCUACUGGGACCGCAUGGCCAAGGACGUGCUGCACUUCCUCGAGAACCGCAAAGAGAACAUGUCCUGGGUCAAAAGCGCCUCCGCCGAGAUGGCCCUCCAGUAUUUGGACCGCGUCUUCACGCACCACAUGACCCAGCUGCAGAGCCACUCGCUGCAAGAGCGGGAUCUCGACGCGCCCCGCUCCGUGCUGGAAGCGCGCAGCAUGCUGUCCAAGGACAUGCCCAACGUGGAGCAGUCCUACUCCCUCUUCUAGCAAGUUUGAGUCUGAGUAUUACCGCAUUGGUCUAACUUAUGUUGAAAGCAAGAUUUGUGAAGGGAGCCCAAAAAUUCGUAUGUUGACGCAGGAAGUGGGGAGGGAUGCUUGGCGCCAUAUGUAAAUGAGAAGAGAGGCACGCAGACCGAAAAAACAGCUCGCUUGUGCAUACCUAUCGAGUCGGUUGGUGUCACUGUAUAGGAGGCGAGGACUUUUACCUACCUUACCUAGAAACAACAAAGCAGGCAGGCUCGAACACUUUGGCUCUGAACCGGAAAAGGAAGCACGUUAUAGACGCGGAUUACUGCAAACACUCUUGGGGCGGUGAUGCAUACGAUUGGGACGCCAAGUACGUCCGAGAGCAGAUUUUUGAACGAGUUGCCCCAUUGAGGUCACGGCAGAAUCUUACAAGGAAGGUGUAUAUCUCUGGCGUUCCAAGCUAUUGG